AUGGAUAAUAAUGUGAAUAGUUUAUAGGUUGUUGAACAAUAAGCAUCUUAAAAAAUCAAUUAGAGCAAUAUCAAAAGCAUUUAGAUAGAUUAUAAUUCUUUACUUAAAUAUACAACAACUUGUGAUUUACAAAAGAAUGAAAUUGAUUCUCUAUUGAAAAUGUUUAAACGUAUAGAUUAUAAUAAGGUUGGAUUCUUAACUUAUCAUGAUAUGAUGGAUUUAUUAAAAGGUAUUUGAUAUUUCUUAAAUAAGAAUUUGGCUUUUAAAUAAAUCAAAAUUGUAAAGAGAAAAUAUUCAAAGAAAUUGAAGACAGAAAUACAACAAAACUUGAUUUUUAAACUUUAUUAUAUAUUGCCAGAGUUUGUAAAGAUUUUGAAAGUAAAAUUAAGGAAAAUGAAGAAUAAAUAUAAUAUAGUGAAUUUAGUAAGUGAUUACACAAUGAUUGUAGUUGAUGCAUUUGUAGCAUUGGGAGGUGAACCUGAUGCAAGUGGAUAUGUACAUAAAAAUAAAAUAAUUGAAAUAUUAUCAAUUGAAUUCGAUUUGAAUUUUGAUAUUGAUGAAUUAUUGGAAUAAUUAGAAGUUUAAAAUGAAAGUUUGGAUUUUGAAACAUUUAGAUAACUAUUUAGAGCAGAAAAUAAAAAAUCAAUAAAAAGAAAUAGCAGUUUAUUAUCUGUAUAAAUAAAUUUUGAAUUUCAAAGCUUCUAUCACAUAGAUCUAUGACUUAAAGAUCAACAUCUAGUAUUUCAACUGUUAAAAUUAGAAUGAAGGAUUUUGAAAGAUUUUUAGAUAAACUUUAACAAGAGGAAAAUGAAAAUAUUGGUUCUCCUUCUCCAAAAAAAUGA